CGUGUGCGGAUCAGUCAGGUUGAGCGCGCGCGUGAGUCGCUGUGUGUGCGCGAAGUGUUGUGAUCCGUUAGUCGGCGGUGGUGCAACCGCACACUUCACCCUGUGUUGUGCUGUAUGUGCAUGCACGCACAAGGCGCAAACGUUCUCCCGCAGGAUGUUCGGGACGCGCAGCGCUCCGUGAAUUCGGAGGUAUCAACGCAAUCGGAACAAGUGAAACACAAAACACGACGACAACAACAACGGCACACCAGCAGGCAGAGAGCAGGCAGGAGCAAGACACCGAAAGCAAAACGCGUUGCAGUGCGCUAACGGACGCGCAGCCAACGAACACGACACAACAACGAAAUGUACACAAUGAGUGCGGCUGACAUGUAACGGAUGAAGACUGAAGAUUAAACAGUGUGAAGAAGCAAGAAGAAGGAAUAAAUUAAAUUUUCAUAAUGCCAUCAACAAGCUUUGAAAACUCCGCCAUGAAGUCAAGUUUUUCGCUCUCGUCGCUGCACACGACGCCAGGGGACAAGACCACCCGGCCGGCGGAGUUUAACAGUCUGAAGAAGAAGCGAAAGGAGUCACUGAAGCGAUUAUCAUGGGGCAGCUCCGCAAGUGAGCAACAGACUGACUUUUGGUCGCCCGCACUAGCUGCCAACUAUAAUUACAUCAUGGAUAAUCAGUUGAUUGAUAAUUGCCAAGAUGCGAAUUGUGAGCUUAGCGUCGGUAGUCACACCUGGUCCCUGGACGAAUUCAACGCCCAAUUCUCCGUGCUCUAUUCCUGGCUGGAUAGAAUACAGGAGAAGAUUUACGGCAACGAAGAUAACGUCACCAACAAGACGCUGCGAUCGCAUUGUAAGGGUAAACUUACAAAGAAGCGACCGUUUUAUAACAUCUUCAAGGAGCAGGGUGGGCAAUUGAUGAUGCGAUAUUCGCUGUCGGAGGCGAAGAAUGAAGUGAAGUGGAGACUCGGCCGGCUUAGUUCAAAGUGGGAUGCAUUGGAGUCUGUCCUGAAAACUUCUGAUUCGGAAAAGGAUGAUACAAUUGAUGUGCAAGCAGAAGUGAAAGCGCUGAAAAAUUGGAUAAUCGAUAUGGAUGAACGACUUCAACCGCUUUCGUUCAAGCGAAGGUGGUCCAAGACGGAGAUUGAGACUAUCGCCAAUGAAUAUAAGGUCCUACACAAAGACAUCGAGAAUCACGGUAAAAUUGUCAAUUCUAUUGUGAAGCUUUGUGAGAGGACACCGAAUUGUUCACUGAGUAAUGUGACUGCUCUGGAACGACGCUGGCACCUUUUGUUUCUACGGUCUAUGGAAUGGCAGUGCUACAUCGAGACGUACAUUCGACGCAGGAGCGCCGUGUUGCUGUCAGACAGUGAUUCCGACGAGGGGCCAGUGAAGAAGCAGCCACGAUUAACCAACAACGAUGCGCAGGACGAAACAUUGACUUCUGAAAAGAAUGAUCAUGAUAUUGACGCCAUCGACGGCCGCUGCAAACUGGACGACGAACUAAGCUUAAACCACGGAAACGCAAUCAUGAACGCUCUACAAAACGGAAACAACUACGUCGAGUGCGACUCUACCACCGCCAUCGUUGUGCCAAGAACCAAGAAAAGUUCACAACAAUUAGCCAAAAUCAAAAGCGCACGUAAUUCAGGCACAUACUACUUUAAACACAUUGAUACCGACUCCGACAUGGAGAAACUCGACCAUUUGCAAAACAUUUCGCUUGAUAACGACCAAUACGCCGAACAGACUUCAGACGUCUCCGAAGAGGAGUGGACUUACACCACAAUGACCAAUAAACUGUCAGAAGACGAUUCUGUACGUAACAAUAACAAACUAGUCGACAUCCGCCAAAUUGUGCAGGAAGUCGAAGAACUUGUAAGUCCUCUGAAUAGGCCUGCUACGGAUAAGACGUCGAUGAAAAUGAUGCGGAUUAAACAAUGGCUGGAGAUCGACAAGUCGGAGGGACAGCAGGAAGACAGCUGUGAUGCGAGCAGCGAGGACGAUGCCAGUAGUACCGAAAGCUCCGAAGAACAGAAUGAAUCUAUCGCGACGUAUCGCGCACAGGCGUCACUCAAUGCAUCUUCGAUUGAUCUUGGCCAUGCCGCAUCCGCGAUGUCUACUCCUAAGGUGGUAUUGAGGCAAAAGUACGGUGUGCGGGGAAUGAAGGAUAAAAGGCCGAAUUCUGUCUCGUGCAUCACGCAGUUGUCUCAACAGAAUGUAAUGGAGCAUGAUGGUCAGACUGGAUAUUCCAUUUCUGAAUCCGCGUUGCACCAAUUGCCUUUGGGAGGGAAUCAUUCUUCUUCGACUGUUGAUGACAGCAGUGCGAUGAUUAACGACGAAACCAAUUCGCCUAUGAGGAGGAAGAGGUUUAAGUCCAAAAAGAAGAAUAAUAUCAGGAAGUUUGAAAUGUCCACCCCUUACAACGGUUCCUUCUGUCGUGAGCGAACUGGUACCCUAGUAAAGUCUGGUUCGUUCUCAGGACGAUUGGCUUGCAAGCAAACGACAUCUGAUAGGCACACGGCGAGUGAUCCUUCAUCACAUCCCAUUGGUCACGGUGGGUUUGAAACCUCGACGACGAGCGGUGCUGAUAGUGAUGAUGAUAAACGCAUACGAAGAGUGCCGUUAUUUAAAGUCGGCAGCGUUGUGCGGCCUCUGCGGGACAUCCGUGAUGAGAGUCCGGGUCAGUUUACCAAUGAAGAGCCGUUGAGUUCGUUGUGCGAAGAUGCUUGGGAUAAUUACCAGGAAAAAUAUUCGUCCGAAGCUUAUAGUGAAGCUCAUGAUUCGGAUGCUGCGCGGCGGUUGUUGGACUUUGGCGAAGAUUAUCGCAACUUUUUGGGUAGUCAAUCUGACUGGUCGGCGCAGUCCAGCCAGUUCGAGUUUUCACCUCAAUUUCCUCGCAAGGCAUACAUCCCAAUGAGCGGCAUUGAUUCGGAUAGUGAAGCCAGCAGUCUUCGACAGCUUCUGAAGGAUUCUAGGAGUCAACUGGCCUAUACUGAAAACAUGUUUGAACAACAGCGAGAAUUGGGACGUAAUCAGUUCCUGGUUAACAACGACAUGGUGGAAUUGAAUGCGACAUGUGACCGUCACAUCAGCUGCCUGUCGCCGGUGGAAAAGUCCCCCGAGGAAUAUACGCUUUCCACCACGGAUCGACGCGAGUUUUCAGAUCUCAUCUCAAGGUGGCAAAGCUUGAAGAGCCGCAUCAGCACAAUGCAGGAGUAUCGCAAUCUACAAAAUGAAAUUCUUCAAGUCAAGCGCACAUUACUCGCCGUGCAAAUACCAAAUAGCAUCGAGAGCGUCACAGUCAACACGUUGGAAGAUCUUAGUAGAGAUAUUGAUUUCUACAACGCCGAGCUCGCCAACAUCGAGGAGCACAAAAAGAAGCUGCUUAAAGUGAACGUGGCCGUUAACCACUUUACGACCGAGCAUGCCGACUACGCCGCUUCCUCGCUCAAAGCCGACGUGUCGGAGCUCUAUCGCAUAUGCUACGAAAUCAAGAAUAGUGCAUCUGAUCGAGUGACGCGGCUGAACGUCCUGCUGCAAAACUGGCAGAUGCUCGAAACACGCCUAGACCAACUUCGGGGAGAUCUGCGCGACGAUGAGCAGAGUUUGGGUGCCUUGGACAUUGCCUUACAGGGUGGUCAGUUCAACAAUCAAAUGGUAACUUCGGCAAGGGUUGCUAAAUUGCUAUCUGAAGCGAAAUCGGAUGGCUGCACAUUUUCGGAGAUCCUCACCGAGGGCUCCUUCUCAGACAGCGGCAUCUCCGACGAGGGCUCCGAGCACGAUGUGGGUGAGCGUGAGCGGCGCUUGACGGCAAUCCGUCGCCUGGUGCGACAACUGGAAGUGGUAAUGGCGCCGGACAGCGAUGCCAGGGUGCGAAUGCGAGAACGUCUGGCGGCGGCGGAGGAAGAACUCCGCACGCUGCAACAUAAGUGUCGAUCCAUUAUAGUACGGACAGCGGUCUCUACAACCACACCUCUAAGCGAUUCGGUGGUUGUGGCCGGUACUGGUGGCGACCCGGACGACUCGCCGCGCCCGUCUUCGUGGUUCAAACGCGUGAUGCGUGCCUCAACCUCCUUCCAGAUAGCCCUGCUGGCGCUACUUUUCCUCGCCUGCUGGCUGGAGCCUCAUUGUUGCGACAACAUGAACAAUCUCAACCUAUCGCUCAGUCCCCAACUUCACUACGUGCGAGGGCCACCGCCGAUCUAAGCAGGCGCCCUAUCAAGUGAAACAUUAGUAGGUUUAGAAUAUACAAUUAGCAUUUUUUACAUAUUUUAAAUGAAGUACGAGUGCGAUUACUAGUUACUUCUAUUUUAAUUUUAUACGAAGAUAUUUACUUUACUUACAAACAAACCAGGUUCCUUACGUGGCUAUUUUAUAUUUAAAUUAAUAUGUUUUAAACAUAUUUUAUCGGGAGCGGUAAGUAACGCUCAGAUUUAGUAACAGAGAGGCCAUCAAAACGAAAUAUUUAACGAUAGAAAACAUUUUUAAUGAAAUUGCGUCGACAAUUUUUAAAUGUACAUACAUUUUACGAUGAUAGUAUACACCGGGUGUAAAUCAAAAGUGAUUCUAUUGGAAUGUAACAUUUCAAGCGUCAGAAAAUCAAAAUUUUAGUAUGAUUGAUUUAAUUUUUUGUUUGAUAUAUAAUUUGGUGCACUUUUUAUUUAUGCUCGGCUAAUGAGAUGCAUUUUUACGAUUAGAUUUCAAAUAUUUUCGAAGCGAGUCAUUGCGCAUCACACACACGGAACAAGAAUAAUAUAUGUUGCUAAGCUUCUUGUGAAUUGUGUAUAUUGAUACAGUUGUAACAUGUUGUUAUAGUAGGCGAAUGAAAAGUAUUGUUUUAAGUACGUUUAUGACAAACUAACCAUAGAAGUAAACUUAUCUUAAAUUAAGAGAGUAAACGUUUACCCCUCGCGAUUAGCAUGAAAGAUAGUAUAGAUGAUGAAGGAGUAUUUAUUACGCAUUAUUUCUGUUAAAGUUUUAUGUGAAUUUAAUGCAUGCCACCCACCUUCGAUUGCAACCUUGAAGUUUAAGCAUUAGUCGAUACCUUGCAUGCAGUAUAUUAUAUAUAUUUUUGUUAUGAUUAUGUUGGCAUAUUUUAUUGUAAUUUCCAAUUUACAUUCAAGUUGUUUUAUAUGUUGUCAGCUUCCCUUUAAUGUAUUUGAGGGAAGAGAAUGUGUUCAUUAACGUUUAGUUUUUUUUCUAUAUUUUAAUUUCAAAAUGUCGAUUACGACAACAAAUGAGCGGAAAUUCGUGUACUUGAAUUAUGCACGCGUUAAAUGUGCCUUUAUGCGAACAGUUUUCUACUUUAAAUAAGAGAGUACACGUUUUUUGAUACUACAAAUGAUUAUAUUGCGCAUUAUUGCAACGCAAUCUGCGUGCGUUUUCGUAUGAUACGGAAAGAUUGCAUUAGACGUCGAAGAAAUAGAGUUAUAAGAAGUAAUGUAAUGCCGAAUAUCUUGUGAGGUUUGAUUUCAAUUGUCUUAACUUAAUAUUUAACGUUUGCAUGUUUACUUAAUCUAAAGAAUGUUCAGAGCCAGUUUUACGUUUUUGCAUGCCUUAAGGUAGUAUAGGCGUAUUUUACUUGAAUGACUAAUUAUGUUAACAUUAAUAGUUGAGAAGGUGGAAACUGUACAUUUAUUUUACAUUUUGUGAAAAUGAAAAUUUUCCAUCUUCUCUGCUGAACAAUGUGAAAACGUUUAGAUUAUUUCAUUAAUACGAAGUUUCUUUCGACAGGUACGUUCAUCUAUCAUGUACAUGUAUACAUUGUUUGUAAUGUUCUCUUUUUUAUCUAGGAAUGUAACAGAACAUCUUUGUAAGAAUGCCACGAGGCAUAUUUUAUUUAAAUAAAAUAUAUUAUUUAAAAUCA